AUGGCAUGGAGACUCAUUGUUAUGCAUAUCAUGGGAACACGUAUUGCAAGUGUGCUCUAUGUGCAUGCUUCGACAGUUCUGUUACUGCAUGUGCAUUUGAUAGUUCACAAAGUAGCUGGAAUUACACUAGCACUGUUUGGCGGUGUUCGCAAGCACUCAAUGGAUCAGAACAAGGUACCUGUCCGAGGAGAUAUCCAUGUAAUAGUCGUAGGUGAUCCUGGACUGGGUAAAAGUCAACUACUCCAAGCAGCAGCUUCUGUUUCUCCUCGUGGAAUAUAUGUAUGUGGUAACGCAACAACUAAUGCUGGCCUCACAGUCGCCGUGGUUAAGGAUCCUAUGACAAGUGACUAUGCUUUCGAGGCAGUGGAGCAUAAAAUUACUCGAGCAAGUAAUGACUUUGGCAUUGGAGCUGAUAGAGUGAUAUUUGCAUUGCCUGGCAUCAAUGGCACGGAUUAUACCAUGAUAAUAUUUAAUUCUUAUGGUAGUGAGCCUGAGGUAUAUCCUUUUAUGAAGUCUCGGUUGAAAUCAAAGGUUGGCGUUUGA